UCAUUCUGUAGGCCAGGCAGGGGGGAGAACUUCCUGCCUCUGCUGUUGUAGGCCUACCGCUUCUUCUUUCACGGUUAAACAUGAAUCUAACGGGGAAAGGAGAAGACUCUGUUGCCGAGCAUGAGCUCCUGUUCCCGGGGAAAGGAUUAAAAGCUACGGAGAGCAAAAGCAGCGAGCCUCGGCAGAGGCUUUUCUCUCUGUAACUUUUGAGUUUGAGGAGUUUUUUCUGCUGCUGAGAGCCGCUUCAGAGCCGCAGAAAAAACUAAAGAAAAAUCACCGAAAAGAUGAUUCAGUGAGCGGAGAGCUGCGGAGGAAGCGACAGAAGUUCAGCACGAAGGAACGUUUACCAGAACCUCUCUGUCAAAAACAUAUAGGACCUGCAGGGAGGCCAAAACCAGGAGCUGUGCCGCGCUACACUGGACCCAUUCAGAACAGACCUCCCUAAACUGUACCACCUUAGACAAGACCACUUUAAAACGGACCACUUCUCCACCCAAAAUACCUUUUAUCAUCGACAUCAUCAACAUCUACUCCCAGAGCCCGCCCCGCCUCCAAGUGCUGGUGCUGCAGCAUCUAAACAUGAACCACUUCUGACGCCCACUACAGGCACAGAGCAGUGUGAGCAGCCACACAGAUGUUUCGGAAAAAAGCAUCUUCCUCGUUGAGAAUGAGAAGAAUAUCAGAAAGCGCUAGAUGGAGUAUUGACCGCGGCCGGAGUUUGUCCUUCCAUGAGGUGCGUAGCCAGCGGGAGGCAGAGAUGAGGGCUGCGGCGGAGGAGUCAUCCAACAGCAGCAGCAGUGUGGGGGGCGGAGGUGGAGGAGGAGGUGGCAGCAGCAAUGUCCUGCAGCGCCUCCUGCAGGAGCAGAUGAACCGUAACUAUGUCCUGCAGCAGCAGCAGCACCACCACCAACAACAACAACAACAACAACAACAGCAACAACAACAACAGCAACAACAGCAAGUAGGAGGGGGAGGAGGUGGUGGAGUUGGAGGAGGUUACUCAGGACAGGGUCAAGGACAGAUCAGCCUCCCUGAUGACCACUCUUUGACCCCCCACAUUGCCCGGCAGGAACCCCAAGGUCAGGAGCUGCAGACGGACAGUGGUGUGGAGAAGCUGGGCUCCAGCAGAGGAGGUGGAGGUAGCAGUGGAGGAGGGCUGAGCUUCCAGGGGCAGUGUCAAAACCCCGAGGACCUCCCGACGUACGAGGAGGCCAAAGUGCAGUCUCAGUAUUUCCGGGGUCAUGGUCCUCCUCCUUCUCAGCCUCCGCUGCAGAACAACCCUCCCCAGCAGCCCCCCCACCCCAACUCCGUGGGAGCCGCCUUCUAUGUCACGGGGAUGACCAAUGCGAAGGUGCGCACGGAGGGUCGUCCAACGGUGCAGCGGGUCAGCGGAGCGGGGAAGGUGCACCAGGACGACGGGCUCAAAGAUCUGAAGCAGGGCCACGUUCGCUCCCUCAGCGAACGCCUCAUGCAGCUCUCCCUCGCCACAAGCGGUGUGAAGGCUCACGCUCCCGUGACCAGUGCCCCGCUCUCCCCCCUGCUGCCCCCCCCCGGGCCCCCGGGCGACUACUACAAGCCGCAGCACCGGGGCCCGCCUCCGGACUACCCCUUCAAAGGGAUGAGCUCUCCCUCUAAGCAACAGGACUCUGGAGGCCACUUCUACCAGGAGCAGAGAGGGAGGGAGCACUCCAGGGAGGUGCCCCAUGUCAGAUACCAGCCCCCACCUGAGUAUGGCUCCUUCAGGUCAAGUAAGGAGGGGUCACUUCAUUCCCAGAGGACCCUCCACCAACACAGUCCCACCUCCUCGGUCACCUCCGUGGGGUCCUUAUCUCGCGCUCAGUCCUCCACCCUCAGCAGCAUGCUCAGUGCCUCCCACUCCUCCCACCCCUCCUUCCCUCACCAGCACCCCCAUAACCAGGGCGAGCCCUUUCCCGCAAUGGGACCUCGCAGUCCAGGCACCCACCCCGGAGGAGAGAGCUUCACAAUGGCGUUGAUGCACCAAAUGCCACCCAGAGGUCAUGCCUUAGCUCAAGACCCCUACGGCUCCACCCACAGGAUGCACCAUCAGCAGCAGCAGCAGCAGCAGCAGCAGCAUCAGCAGCAGCAGCAGCAGCAGCAGCAGCAGCUUUACCAGCACCACCAACAACAACAACAACAACAGCAACAGUUUACAGGAAACCCUCCUCCCAUGCUCCAGCCCCCUGUCCAGGCUGCACAUUUCCCCCACCCACACUCCUACUCUCACAUGCAGGGGGAGCCGGUUGCUAUAAUGGCUCGGGCUCAUCAGAUGGUGGACGUGCUGACAGAUGAGAACAGGAUGCUGAGGCAGGAGAUGGAGGCCUGCCGCGAGAAAGUCACUAAGCUGCACAAGCUGGAAACGGAGAUCCAGUUGGUUUCAGAGGCUUAUGAGAACUUAGCCAAGUCCUCCUCUAAGAGGGAGGCGCUGGAGAAAACUAUGAGGAACAAGCUGGAGCUGGAGGUGCGCCGGCUGCAUGACUUCAACAGGGACCUGCGUGAGCGCAUGGAGACUGCCAACAAACAGCUAGCUGCUAAAGAGUGUGAAGGCUCAGAGGACAACCGCAAAACCAUUUCCCAGCUGCUGACACAGAAUAAAGAGACGCAGCGUGAGAAGGAGAAGCUGGAGAUGGAGCUGAACGCUCUGCGCUCCACUACGGAGGACCAGAGGAGACACAUUGAGAUCAGAGACCAGGCGCUCAACAACGCUCAGGCCAAAGUAGUCAAACUUGAGGAGGAGCUUAAGAAGAAGCAGGUGUAUGUGGAGAAAGUGGAACGGAUGCAGCAGGCUCUGGCUCAGCUUCAGGCAGCCUGUGAGAAGAGAGAACAGCUGGAGCAUCGCCUCCGUACCAGACUGGAGAGGGAGCUGGAGUCCUUACGCAUGCAGCAGCGUCAAGGCGGCUCUCAGAACAGCGGCGUAUCCCCCUCCGAGUACAACGCCACAGCCCUCAUGGAGCACCUGAGGGAGAAGGAGGAGCGGAUCCUGGCUCUGGAGGCUGACAUGACCAAGUGGGAGCAGAAGUACCUGGAGGAGAGCGUGAUGAGGCAGUUCGCCCUGGACGCUGCUGCAUCAGUUGCCACUCAGAGGGAUCGGUCCUUAGCCAUCAUCUGUCACUCUCCCAGCAGCAGCUACGACACAUCGGUGGAGGCUCGAAUUCAGAAGGAAGAAGAGGAAAUCCUGAUGGCGAACCGACGCUGUCUGGACAUGGAGAGCAGGAUUAAGAAUCUCCAUGCACAGAUCAUAGAGAAGGACGCCAUGAUCAAAGUACUCCACCAGCGCUCCAGGAAGGAGAAUUUGAAGUCGGACGUCCCGUCUGCCAUGAGGCCCUCCAAGUCCCUGAUGUCCAUCUCCAACACGGGCUCAGGUGGAUCAGGUCUGCUCUCUCACAGUCUGGGACUCAGUAGCUCCCCCAUCACUGAGGAACGCAAGGACGCGAGCUGGAAGGGCAGUCUGGGGGUUCUACUUGGUCCGGAGUUCCGUGCCGAGUCCCUCAGGACAGAUUCAAUUUCCUCGUCCCCCUCGCCUGUGCUCCCCUCCACCCCUAUGACGGCAGGACACUCCAAGACGGGCAGCAGGGACAGCUGCACACAGACCGACAAGGGCCAGAGUCAGGAGAGCAGUAAACCCAGCACCCCGGCACUGCAGAGCAUGACGCUGCCAGCACGCCUGUCAAACCCCAGUCCAGUCUACAUCCCAGACCGGCUCGCAGAUGUUCCGGUGUUUCACAGCAGCACCCUGGAGAGGAGGCUCCCCGUGCACUCCCAUCCCCAGCAGCAGGCCCCACCUCCCACACAACAGGAAGUAGACAAUGACAUGGUGGAGAUCCUCAUCUGACACCAUGGCACCCAGCAAAACUUUCACUUAUAUGAAUGAUUGGACGGCAGCUCGAUCAGAAAGAAAAAAAGAAAAAGAAAAGAAAAACAGACAUAUAAACCUGCAGCUGUGAACAAGUCAGACAUUUCUAAUGUUUACAUUUCAUUCACAAACUUCCACUCUUUGCUUCAUUCCUUCACUCCUCACUCUUCGUCGUUGAAAACUCAAGAGAGGACGAGCACCGGCGCCUGGCUUAUCUCGACGGGCAGGUUUUCUAACAUGAGUGAUUCUAUGAAGUUGUGACUGGAAAAAACAAACAUGAAAAGGUCAAAGCCUCACAUUUACUUUUCUGAUCCACUUUUAUGGAUGCUUCCUUCUUAAACGUGAUUGAGGUUAACCCUGUAAAACGGGAUAAUGGGAUGGGGAAAAAAAAAACUGAGCAUGCAGAGCUGAAACCAAAACCUCCCCUUUGUAAAUCAACAGAGAUUACACACACAUAACCCCCCCCCCCCCCCACACACACACACACACACACACAAACACUAAUCUGUAUUAAGGUGAAGGAUUUCUCUCUCAGCUUCUGUUGUAUGACUCUCAGGAGUCACUGCACUACUCUUUGACCUGAACAAUCAUUGUUACUGUGUUUGCGACUGACAUUGACCACAUCAUUAACUGCAGCGCCAUUUCAGCAUAUUCAGAAAUGUUUGCAUAGCUGAGUAUGUAGCAUUUGUUUUUGUUUUUUUUAACAUACAAACAGAUGAUGAUGAUGAUGACUUUAAACUGUCCUUUGUGUGGCGUACUGUGUCGAUCAUCAGUGUUUCUGAAAGCUGCCCAGCUUCAUCGGACCAAACAUAUCCGCUAUCUUUCUGUUGCAUUUAUUGCACUAGUCAUGCCAUGUGUCUAUUAUGUGCUAUGUUACUUUGUAUUCAAUAUUGUAUUUAUGUGUAUUUUUAAAUGUAGUCAGACAUGGCACUAACUGUGUAAAUAAUGUGUUUACAUUGUGUAUGUGCUGUAAAGGCCUGUGUAACUCUGUGGGUUACAUUUCCAUAACUUUUGAAGCGUUUGGAUGUUUUGUUUUUUGUAGUUCUUCUGCUCCAUGGUUAACCUCAGCAGCCCUGGUUGGUUCUGAAACCACCAGCACAUUCGUUUCAGUACUUUUGUGGCCUCUGGCUACAGAACGGGGAAAGUCUUUUUGAGAGCCGCUGACAUGUUACCCAUCAAUCUGUCACCCUCAUCAGAAAGAGAAUAUUACUGUGCCGCUAAACAUAUGCAUGAACACCAGAAUGAACUCUGGCCUGCAACUGACGAAGGAGCCUGCGUGGAAUGUCUCGUGCGUGACGCUACAAACUUUUAAAAAGCAGCUGCAGCACAGAAUUUUCUAAAAGAAAUACGUUUAAAUGUAAAAGCAAGGGGACGUGAAGCUUCUCUUUAUUCUGCCUCCUCUGAGGGCCCAUCUGCUCUGUAACACAUUUUAUUUCCUAUCAGUUACAGCUUUUAGUCGGUCAUUGAGCAUGAAUGGCAUGGUGGGGAAAAUCUACAUGUGCACACUAUUUUCACUAUUUAACCUUUAUUUUCUCGAUGUAACGACACUAAUGCAACAAGCCACCAAGUCUGCUCUAAACACGCUCUGAGGUUUAAUUACAUUUAAGCAGGCUGAUACAGGUUAGCAUGACUUUACACUAUGCACAGUGGAGUGUUGAAGACUGUGGACGUUUUCCAUUGCAUUAAUGAGGUAGCAAGUUUUGACCAAAGGUUACAGAAUGGAUUGGUACUCAUUCGUGUGAACAAACUGAAUACAUGCAGUCUUCUUGACAUCAGGUGAAAUCAUUCUUAACUGCAUUAUAGCAGGGCUGCCAGGUUUAGCUCAGUUUGUAGAGCAGGCGCCCCCCAUGUAAAGAGGCUACAGUCCUCGUCACACUGGUCACAGGUUCAACUCCCGAUCCUGUCGCCGUUUGAUGCAUGUCAUCCCACCCCCCCCCCCCCUCCCAUAUUUCAAAUUGUCUGUCGAAAAACAUGAUAGUACUUUGAGACACUAAACAGACUCACUUCAAUUAUAUCCAGAUGUUGCACAUCAGACUCUUCAAGGAAUCAAACUGUAAAGCUUAAUAGAAUGUACAUAACCAAGCUAUGAGUUUUGUUAAGGUGGUGUUGCUGCUUCAAGUGGUUAAAAGCUGGAGCUUCAACACAGAAACACUCCUACUCAAGAAUAGCCGAGCCUGUGAAAAAUCAAAUGUAUUGGGCUUAUGUGGUUAAAUGAUAUAUUUCAGAUCUAAAGUUUGAAUGUUCACUGAAAACCAAAUAUUUUGGACCAAAGACGCUAAAAGUAGUCAGCUUACGUGUGUGUAAUACCGGUACCGACAGUGACUGUUUCCUCAGAAGCAAAGACUCGAUCAGCAAUUACUUUUUUCUGCACUGACGGUUGGAAGCAAUGACUUAGUCAGCUGUAGAUCUUCCUGAAGGACUUUAGUAGGAAUGCACUGAUUUGUAGUAACUGUGUGGGAGGAAUGAGGAGUCUGACUGGUGAUACAUUUCUGUGUGUGUAAUCAUUUAAAAGUCUAGUUUGCUUCCUGGCACUGAAUAAGCAGCACUCUAAUUUUGACUGAAAUGUGUCCAUAGCUGCCGUCACAUUUCAGUCCAAUACUGGUAAAUUAUUGUCACAAUUACAUUUAUUCUCCUGGUUCUAACACGUUAUUUGUUCUAACCGAACAGAGAGUAAAAAAAAAAGCACAAUUCCAGUGUUCAUGAAUAACAGUGUUGAUUUCUUUUCUUUUUUUUUUUUACCAUCACCAGCUCAUAUUAAGUUAUCUUGAUGCUGGAACUGUAAAACAUAUUCUAGUUGUCUAUUUGAUUUCAACCCCCCUCACUAAACCCCACCCCUCCAUUUGGCACAAUGUUUAUUUCAUUGGGGAUUAAGGGGAAUUGUUCAUCGAACCCUCAAAAACAAGACUUGAAGGAGAAAAUUCCCACAAUGCUUUGCGAACGAAGGUAGUUGAACAUGGCACAGGACUAUCGAGUGUGGGGAAAUAAGCCCACAUCUUUGUAAAAAAAUUGUGCAAACGAGUUUAAAAUCGUUCAUUUUAUUUAAUUAUUUGAAUAGAAAAUAAAAGUGUGUAACUACAGUAUGUGAGCGACGGUUGAUAAAUAUGAAGUAAGAUGGGGUUAAGUCUUUAACCCCUCAGUGCUCGUUUUUGAUUACAUGUACAUGUCUCUGAGGGGGAGGUUUAAGAAAUGGUAUGUGGUCACAGUAGAAGUUCAUGAAUAUUUCCUGCUGCCUUCUCACAUUAGCUCACCCCAACUUCAAGCGGAAAGAUUCCAGGUCAAGUGGGAGUGAAAUAUUCUGCUGUAUGUUUUUCACAUGCAGCUCACGCCGACAUUUUCUGGAAGUUUUGAUGAGUUUUGUGCAGGUGUGUAAGCACCACAAAAAUCCAUCCUUUGACCAAAGUCCUGAGCAGGUUUCGUGAGCCCGGUGCCAUAUCAACUGCUCCCUCCGGUUUAAAAAGCAACUUUAAGGAUUUGACUCCCUUUAAACACACUUUUCAGAUCAGUUCCUAAUGACCUGCCUCUGCUUUCAGUGUGUGGAUGUGUGAAAGGAUGAAUGUGACACGUGAAGAGCCCCUUGUGAUAGGUGGAGGAUGAUCCAUUUACCAACUGUGAGACAGUAUGAACUUUUAGCAUGUGGACUAUCACAAUCAGAUUAUCUCUGAGAGAGAAAUACGGUCUGUCUGGUUUUAACAGGUCGUGUGUUUUUUAAAAAUCUGUUGGCUCUUCUUUUGUCUUUACCAGGCUUUGUCACCAAAAUGUUGUCUGUUAGUAUGUGGAGCUAAUCAUCCGUGCUCAUUCACUGCACUUCCUGAAUGUACAAACAGUUCCCCUGGUAAUGUGACCUUGCCUGGCAGAGAAAUGCACAAUUUUAAACCGUUUCCGAUUCCUCCAAUUGAAGCUGACGCUGAAAACGAGAUUGGAGCACAUUAAAUGUUUGCCAGCUGUAAAAGUUACGCUAUCAUUUUUUUAAAAAUGUAUUUGUAUGUCAUUUUUGUCAUUGCUGUACAAUCACCACUUUCUGAUAAAUAAUCUGUACUUCUAACAUUCAUCUCAUGCAGUUUCUUAUAUUCUGGUAUGAAGUUGUUUUUCAUUUGAUGUUUCUGACAAACCCCCCAAAAAACUGUAUCUGAAUGUUUCAUAAACAUUUGUUAGUUUUCAUUUUCUUCUUUUGUUCAAUAAAUUUAAGUUUAGACUUUGA